AGCUGCCAUUGUUGCAGUUUGAGAUCGGUCGGUGCUUUCGUGUUACGUGGUGAAUGUACGCACAGACCGGCCGUGAAUUUUGGUAGUUUUUGGAUUAGUUUCGGGCUUGGAAUAGCAUGCGAAUGUUGAGGCUUAAGCACGAAAUGAUGGAUGACGACGAAAAGGGGAAGCUCUUUGUUGGAGGGCUCUCGUGGGAGACUACCCAGGACAAUCUGCAGAGAUAUUUCUCCAGAUAUGGGGAGGUUAUAGACUGUGUCGUUAUGAAGAACGCCGAAUCCGGAAGAUCCAGGGGAUUCGGGUUUGUCACAUUCGCGGAUCCGGCCAAUGUGACCGUUGUUUUACAGAAUGGACCGCAUACACUUGAUGGAAGGACAAUCGAUCCCAAACCGUGCAACCCGAGAACACUGCAGAAACCCAAGAAGGGCGGCGGUUAUCCGAAGGUGUUUCUGGGGGGGCUCCCUUCCAACGUGACCGAGACUGAUUUAAGGAGUUACUUCACAAGAUUCGGUAAAGUAAUGGAGGUCGUUAUAAUGUAUGAUCAGGAGAAAAAAAAAUCUAGAGGCUUUGGCUUUUUGUCAUUUGAAGACGAAGAGGCGGUCGAUCGGUGCGUAUCGGAGCACUUCGUAAAUCUUAACGGAAAGCAGGUGGAAAUAAAAAAAGCGGAACCUAGAGACGGUUCCGGUGGCAACAAGAUGGGAGGGAACGACCCUUCCUCCGCGUGGGGUCCCCCCCAAGCCCCGAUGGGCAUGAUGGGGGGGCCAAAUGGUCAAAUGGGAGGACCUCCCAUGAAUUUGGGAGCGCCCAUGGGCCCAAACAUGAUGCAAGGCUAUCAAGGAUGGGGUACCUCGCCUCAACAACAAAAUUACCCUGGUUACGGGACACCUUCUGGGCCCGGUUCCUAUCAGGGCUGGGGUGGCCCGCCGGCACCCCAAGGUCCCCCUCCACAGUGGGGUAACAGCUAUGGGGGACCGCCGACUCAGCAGGGGUAUGGUUCAUACGGCAGCGGAGCGGCGAGCUGGAAUAGCUGGAACAUGCCCCAGAACAGCGGCUCGACAGGACCAUCGGGCUACAUUGCCGGCGGCGAUAUGUACCCGAGGGGCGGUCAAUCGGGCGCCACGGGUCCCUCCGGGCCUCCGGGCGCCGCCGCGGCGGCCAUGUCCGCCUCAAGCGGGAGCGGUUCCAAACCCGGAUCAGACUACGCCUCCGCCUACGGUUCGUACAGCUCGUACGGGGAUUACGGGGCUCCACCAAGAUCCGCGCCGUCGGCAGGCUACGGCACCGACUCGGCCGGGGGCGGGUACUCGUCCGCACCGCCCGUUACCGCAGAUUAUACAGGGUGUCCCGCGGUUGAUUGAAGACUCUUCCCUACCCAUCUAAAAUAUUUCCAGUGUCGCAGUGUUGCCGGUUGUAUCUAAAAGUAGCCCCAAAACAAACAUUUUUCUUUUGGUUUUCAGCAUAUUUUCCAUAUUUUUCGGUCAAAAUAGGCCACGAUUUAAAUUUUUGACGGUUAUUUGUAUAUUUUGAAAAGUCAACUUUUAAGCACAAUUUGCCAGAUAACUUUUGCUAUGUAUAGAAACUGCCAAUGACAGGUAAAACAUAUUAAAUAUGAUUAUAAAAAUAUGGGGUUUCCGUUUAAAAGAAAAAGGGCUUUUAACGUUUUUGAUUAUUUAAUUUUUGUACUUCAUUUUAAAUUUCUCAAAAAAUGUAAUAAUAAUAAUUUAAAAUAAAAAAGCUGGUACAUAUUUACUUCAGAUGAAUGGAUCACCCUGAAACUCUUAGGUUCUCCGCCAGUGAACUAAGUACUAAAACCCCUUAUGUAUACAAAAUAUCACUGCAAUGUCGUUUGAAACUAAUUUUAUAAAAAAAAAAACAUUUCGACACGUUUUCGUCUUAAAAUGAAGUCAGAAUUCUCCUCCUUCCUUUUGUCACAGACAUUACGAAACACCCUGUUAUAAAUAACACAUUCCUUAUAAAAUGAAGACUCGUGACGCGUGUUAAAAUU